GGUUUGCUUGCUUUAAUGUCAGCAGUUUCAGAAAACCUGUGUGUGUUAGAGCUGAACGAGAAUUGGAUGCUUUGGAAGUUCAGGUUGAAUAUUGCUUUUGAAACGUAGGGGGAAAGGAAUUAUCUCUGGCAUUUUCUAUUGCGCCCCCACAAGCCGCUUCCUGGAUCCUUUCCACCUGAACUUAUGACCAAGGAUUCCACCCUAGCCCCAGCUCUUGCUUUCCAGUUCCAGAAGAUGGGCUCAUUCCGGAGGCCCCGGCCACGUUUCAUGAGCUCCCCAGUACUGACUGAUUUGCCACGGUUCCUGGCAGCUCGGCAAUCUCUGCAGCUUAGCUCCAACUCUGCCUGGAACAGUGUUCAAACAGCAGUGAUCAAUGUGUUCAAAGGGGGAGGCUUGCAAAACAAUGAACUCUACAUCCUCAAUGAAAAUGUAAGGCGAUUGUUGAAGAGUGAACUUGGAUCCUUCAUCACAGACUAUUUCCAGAACCAGCUCCUUUCGAAGGGCUUGCUGUUUAUGGAGGAGAAGGUUAAACUUUGCGAAGAAGAGAAUCGCAUUGACAUACUAUCUGAACUCUGGGAUCACUUCUUCACAGAGACUCUUCCCACACUCCAGGCUAUAUUUUACCCUGUUCAGGGCCAAGAAUUGACUAUUCGCCAGAUUGCGUUGCUCGGCUUCCGAGAUUUGGUCUUACUAAGAGUGAAUUUGGAUGAGAUUCUUCCUCGGGUCCAAACCAAACUUCCACCUUCCAUUGUCCAGAUGCUGCUGAUUUUACAGGGAGUACAUGAACCUACAGGUCCCAGUAAGGCCUUCAUGCAGUUGGAGGAGCUUGUUAAACUCGUGGUCUCCCCAUACCUCGGUUUGUGCGAAGAACACUGCUUCCCUGGUAGUACGUGUGCUCUGGAGAGAAGGUAUCAUAGACCUCGUGCCAAACCCAAUGGGCUGAGCUUCUCUUCUCACGCUGUGGCAGACCGACAAGUCAGCGAGACUGCCUUGACGCCUCUGACUGAGCAGGAGGGCGAGGCAUAUCUGGAGAAGUGUGGGAACAUCCGCCGCCACACUGUUGCCAACGCUCACUCUGAUAUCCAGCUGUUGGCCAUGGCUUCCAUUAUGCACUCUGGGAUGGUGGUGGAGGAACCAGACAGUGGCGACACAUGCCUCCUCCUGCAGCCCAGCUUAAACCACAGGCAAUGUUCCAGUGAGCCCACGAUAGUAGAUGGACCGGAAGGGCUGGGGACAGCAUCCAUGCAGGAACCCACAGAACUGAACUGCACAUCUGUCUGCUGAAAUGCCGUGUGGAGGGACGAAGGACCAAGUGUGUUAGGCAAACCAUUGUUUUGUCAUUUGCUGAGAACAGAGGAGUCAAACUCCAGAAAUGAGAUCAACAUGCCAUGUCCUAACUUAAUAUUGGAAGACUUUUUGGAAAUAAUAGUUUUCAGGCCAGGUUCUAAUUUUAUGUGGCUUAUAUAUAUUGUUUUCAAGGUACAAAGCUGCUACUUUCAAGCAUUCCAACAUCCCUUCCCUUUCCUUUUCUCUGGAUUUUUCAGACCUUUUCUCCUCCUGAGUUGGUCUUUCACUCUUUUGUCGCAUCUUAUGUGUGGUGUCCUAUGAAAUCGGGAGAAUGAUCGAUACUAUUAGGCACACACUUUUCCCUAGCGACACUUUAUGGCACAUGCAGGAGGCCAGCUAUGAAGCAUGCUGGUUCAAGUCUGAUGGGUGAAACUGCACCCAAUUUCCAGAGUUAGAACUCUAUAAUAUACUGAACGAACAUUGCCUCAUUCUGCAGCAAAAGCUGGUGACCAGGUUGCACAAGCCAUUUCUGAAUGUUGGGGAUUUUGAGGUUUUCUUUUCAGCAUUGCUCUUCUCAGGGAUCCCUUAAGUAUAUUCCAAAGAAAAAUCUAAGCUCAACUUCCACAGUCUAGUUACUUCCAGUUGUUGGACUCCAAUUCCCAUCAGCCCCAACCAGAAUAGUCAAUGGUCUGGUGAUGGGAGUUGGAGUCCAGUGACAUCUGGAAGGAACUAGGCUGGGAAAGACCCUCUAAAUUUUUAGAUUCCAGGAGACACAAUUGGAGAAGAGGCUGUUUUUAAGGAUCUCAUGCUAAGGAACUUGUGGGUGGUAUUUAACUAAGUUUUACUCAGAGGAGACCCGCUGAAAUUAAUGAACCUAAUUUAGUCAUGUUGGUUACUUUAAGUGGGACCACUAUGGAGUGGCAAUGGUGCUAUGCAUGUAUUAACAUGUAGAACUGAGAACUGUCCACCCUACCCAUUGUUUCCAUGAACACCAAGAAUGAAAGAAACCCAGCUUUCUUACUAAACAAUGGGAUUCCAUUACAUAUGGGAAACUUUAGGCUGAUGGGGAUCUAACCUUGUUUGGGGGCAACACUCCUCCUCUUGUAAAAGAGGGCCAUUUGUUGACUGGUAUGGAGAAUGUGUAAUGCCUUCUAUACUUAUGUUCUUACCUCUGACACAAAGCUCAGUACCAGGACAGACUUGCUUUCUGGAAGCUGUGUAGUGGUGUCUUUCUGGAGUCCAGGGUUCCAGUUUCUAGAAACCUGAUGCUUCAGUCACAACACAGUUCUGUUACCAAAUACCUUUGGUAAUCCAAGUUAUCAUGGGGGUGGGUAGGGGUGAUGUUCCUCAGGUUCUCCUUCUCCCAAUGAGGUUGAUUCCAAGAACCUGUUAGCAAUUGAAAUAGCUAGAUUUUUACUUU